UGUUGGUCUGCCGUCCACCGUUAAACCUGAAGAGGAGGCCGGUGGUUCCAGGCUCGGGUCUCCGUAUCGGCUGCGAGCGUUCGGCGAUGCCCCUGGUGCUUCUGUGUGGCCUUCCCUGCAGCGGGAAGAGCCGCAGGGCGGCGGAGCUGAGCGAGUAUCUGCGGGAGGCGACGGACAGGAAGGUGGUGGAGGUGGGAGACCGGAGCCUGGGGGUGGAGCGCAACGAGGUCUAUGCGGAUUCUCGGAAGGAGAAGGAACUCCGGGGAGCAUUGAAAGCAGAAGUUGAAAGAAAAAUCAAUAAAGAAGAUGUUGUAAUUCUGGAUUCUCUAAACUACAUCAAAGGUUACAGAUAUGAGCUGUUUUGUUUAAUAAAGCAUGCACAGACUCCACAUUGCUUGAUUCACUGUGAGACUGCAGUUGAUGUCUGUUCAUCAUGGAACCAAAGCAGAGAGCAGGAGCAACAAUACUCCCAGACAAUCUUUGAUGCACUGGUGAUGAGAUUUGAGGCUCCUGAUUCCAGGAACCGAUGGGACAGCCCGUUGUUCACCAUUCAGAAAGAUGAUACCCUCCCGUUUGAGGCAAUAAGCGAUGCAAUCUUCCACAGGAAAGCCCCACCACCCAACCAGUCAACGUUAAGUCAACCACUUUCCUCUGCAAACUUCAUGUACGAGUUGGACAGGGUCACACAGGAAAUACUGAUGAACCUGAAAACAAUGGAGGAAGGUCAUUGCCCAGCGUCUGACUCUGUGUCUCACCCCGGUGACGUGAUAGAAAAGACCCGGAACUCUGGAACCUCUCAGUCAAAACCCAGAAACAUGAAUACAUACCCACCAGUGUGUCGUUUCUAUUCUCGUGGAAGGUACUGUCAGUUUGGCCGGAGGUGCCGAUUUCUGCAUGAGCAUCAGGAGCAACGGAUUGCUCCAAGUGUGCCUGAAAGCCAGAGCAGUGGGGCUGCUGAAAAUAUCCCUCAGUGCCAGAGUGAAGCAGAAUGUCCUGCAGGCAGUGGCCCAGUCAGGUUUGGUGAGGAUGCUGCAGCACAGGGGCGAACUCGAUUUGGAACACCCAAGAUGACGGGUCCCAGAGAGAGAGCUAAGAGGCCGUGCCGUUACUUUCUGUCCGGCUAUUGCGUGAUGGAAGAGCGGUGCCGUUUUUGGCAUCCUGAGCGGUUGCCUGUGUUGAGAGACCCUGUGGAUCCUGAGCCCACCCGAAUCAAUCUGAGACCAGGACCAGGACCACUCAUUCGACCUCCCCUCCCCCGGCCUGCUGUGGUCAAGGAUGAAGUAAAGCUCACCGAGCUGACCCAAGAGGUGGCCCGGCAACUGCGAGAGACUGAAAUCAACCAGCUGUUGAAACGCUUCCCAAAGGACCAGCUCAUCAUUCAGGAGAGUGAGGAUGGGAAACAGACUUUUUACCGCAUUGUGGUGGAGCCUACAGAUCCAGACUGGCCUUUUGACUUGAAGGAGAUGGACAUACAGAUUUGUUUCCCGGACAAUUAUCCUUUGGAGGUGUUCACUUUGGAUAUCCCUGAGGAUCAGGAUCUGCCAGCAUCCAUGGGGAGGCAUGUGUGUAAUGCUUCAGAGGAAUGGCUUCAGGCCAAACAUGCCACCAACCGGCUUACGGGAAAACUAGAGCUAUUAUUUCGUCCUUACCUGCGGUGGCUAGAUCGCAACCUGGAGAAGCUGUUCAUUGAGGGAGCCAGAAAGAUAAAGAGGGAAUUGGACACAGAGAAAUCGGGGAUCCGUUUUAUACCCUUUCAGGAGCUUAAGCCAUGCCUACCAGAUGCACAGGUUCUGCAGCCUUCGGAAGGUUCUCCAUGCCCUCAGAAUGAAGAUCCUGUCAAAGGAUUGUCGCAGCAUCUUCAGCAGGCCAAGUUCACGGAAUCAGAAAGUCCAGAGAUGAGUGGCACAGCCAGUGAAGCCAGCUCUGGUGAGGAAGUUGAUGGUUGUUCGAGGACUGACGCAUCUGGCAGGCAUAAACCCCUCCCAGCUGCCAAUGGGAGUGGGCACCUGCCAAUAGGCUGUAACAGCAAGGCUCUGCCUAAGGGAACAGCAGUGCGAUUUCUUGGCUUUCAGCUGGGAGAAGGGACAGCGACACUGGCAGCUCAGCAGAUCACUGUGUCACUGAACUGCAGCAGGUGCAAAAUAACUGCAGAUCUGACUGUGUCCCAAAAUCACCCUUCUUCUGCAAGCUGUGAGAAGUGUAACAAUGACAUCAGUGUGGCAUUCCAACCCGGUGUACUGCAUGAGAAUUCGAAUGUCUUGGGUUACCUGGACCUGUAUGGAAGUGUCCCUGUAGACUUGAUCUUACAGGACAGUCACUUUACUGUGGGCUGUCUAAACUGCUCCAAAGAGGGCGCUCUGCAAGAUCUGUCCUAUGGCCGGUACAAGGAGCUAAACUGUUUGCACUGUCAUGGCAAACUUGGCGUUUUGGUGGAGGCAACACAGUUUUACCAGAUGAACGUUCAAUCACAGGAUGAAAUCGGUAAUAAAAAUUCAGUUCAUCGGCAUCAGAAGAGGCAGCCUCAAGUACCUACCAUUCAGCUUGGUAAACCCCUGCCUGAGUUUGGCACUUGCAGCCAUUACAAGAAAAGUUGUCGUUGGCUCAGGUUUCAGUGUUGUGGGAAAGCUUACCCAUGUGACUUGUGUCAUGAUGACGACCAGGACCACGUAAUGGAGAUGGCCACUCGAAUGAUCUGUGGAUUCUGUGCAAAGGAGCAGCCGUACAGCAACGGGAAACCCUGUGCUGCCUGUGGAGCUAUGAUGACAAAGGGAUCUCACAGCAGCCACUGGGAAGGGGGCCGAGGCUGCCGGAACCAAGUGCGGAUGAGUCGCAAAGACAAACAGAAAUACUCAAACAGUGUGAAGACCGUGUCGCGCCGCUCCCAGCAGCAGCACCAGAAGUGAGCAGAGUGGCCCUGCUUGGGAUCCCUGACUGGGGAACGGUGGCCUUAGUAAUGACUCUGUGAGUGGGUUUGGUGUGUGCGUGCUUUUCUUUUUCCCUGUUGUUUCUUUCUACCUCCUGUGAGGUGAUGAAAGGAUAAAUGUUUUCAAAUUUCAAGGAUCUUGGGGAGAGGGGGUGAGAGAGUCCAUUGAGGAAUGGGACGCCGUUUACGGUAUGACGCCAUCCAUGCCUUGGUCGUGCACAUGGGUUUGACGCGUCUGAUGACUGCCCUACGUUACUUACAGUGUAUGAGAGAUGCAAGUUGGCGAAAGUCAUUGUGCCCUGCUGGCAAUUCACUCCAACUCUUCUGAGCCAGUCAUCCAGUACCGGUUUGUCCUGUCACGUGGAAGUUCUGGGUGUGUUUGUACCAGUAGACACAGCAGCUAAUGGAACCGGAACUGUGUAGUAUGCAAAACGUCCACCAAGUUACCCGUAUCGCAUACGAUUUGAGUGAAGUGCUGCUCCUGCUGACAGCAUUAGCCGAGUCCUUUCCUUUCUCCGCUGGAACACAUGCCACAGAGCAGAUCGUGCUGCUGCAGUUGUGUAGGAAGGAUCAACAAAAGCUGUAACGUGAUGCAGGGAAACUCUGAGAAUUGAUGGUGCUCUAACUCAGCCCAGCCUCCUGAUCUGUGGCACCAGGAGCCUGCACGCAAGUACAAUUGGAAGUUGAGUUCUUAUUUGGCUUUGAAUGUUAAAGGUUAUCACUGUGUUGAUUUACAUUUAAUUUGGUAAUUUUAUAAAAUGCAGUCAAAUCUUAUUCUAUGCAACACGUUGCCACGUCGACAAUAAACAAGGAAAUGGUUGUUGCCCUGUAAGUGAGAUGGAAGAAUGAGUUAAAAAACCUCUUUUGGUGAACAACAGGCAUCCACGUGGGUAGUAGUUUGUAAAAUGCAUGAGCAUUACUGCUUCCACAUUCUCCAUCCCCGUCUCCUACUGAUUCUGAAUAAAUGCUGUGCUAAAGAAAACCACCGGGUAGGAUUCUCCACUGUCACUCCCAUCUAAUAAUGUGUAUUUGUCCCUGAGCCCUGUGAUUCAUUCUGUGGUCUUGACUCUGCUUGUGGAGCAUAGGACAAAAGCGUACACCAUUCCCUCACUUGAUUCUGCUUUGUUGUUUGCUCUGCGAAUGACUGAUCAGUCCCCCCACCCCCAUCCACCAAAAAACUUCUCUAACAAAAAUUUCCAAGUCUCUGAAGAUCAAGAAACAGCUGAAAAUCAAAAGUAAAAAUGGAAAAUGCAGGUCAGCCUGCGUCCGUGGAGAGAGAGAUAGAUACCAUUUUAAAGUCCAAGGUCUUCUUUCAAAGAAGGAAGGUGAGAAUACAAGUGGCAGGAAGGGAUGGAUACAUUGUACAUCAGGGGUGCUAGAACGAAGAGCUGUAACUCUUGUCAAUCUCUAUUCUUAACCCUCCCUUUCUCUAUGCAGAUAAGGCUAUAGUGAAUUGAAAAGGCACUUGGAAUAUUUGGUUAAAGAGAGUAGCGGAGUAGAGUGUCACCUUUGUGCGUUCCUGCAGAUAGCAGGUACCCCUCCACUGGAAUGGAAGAGUUAAAACACAGGCUCCCAUGCUUGUGUGGGAUCUAUCUCCAAGCCUCCCAGGUUUGAGUACCCCACUGUUGCCCAGUUGGACAAUGCCAGUUUCCACUGUAUAAGUAAUGGAGCUUCCCAGUACACCACUUAGUGUUUGCAGAGCAAAGUGAAUUGAAUUGAAUGAUAAUAAAUGUUUGCAGCCCAGCCUGCAGAAAACCGGUGUUGGAUUGUGGCCCUCAUAUUUGCUCUGUCCUUCAGGAACUGGGAGCUAUGGGCCUUCAGAAGCUUGGGUGUUGAGCAUUUUGGAUGGUGUAGGUCUAAUUACUUGCAUCCUGGCUCUUCACUCCCCAUCUCACCACCAAAUUUUAUCUGAUGUCUGUGACUUCUGCAUGUGUGCAAGCCAACCUUCAUGCCCUCUUACCCCACCUUGUACCUCAUUCAGAUUGGCAUCUCUCAGGGGCAAGCCUGGGAAGAGAAUUGCCUGGCAAAACUCUUAGCCGACAGCCCAUGUCUCCACAGAGGACUGUUGGCAGCAAGGAGUUUGACUGUCUCUCUGACUGCAGCUUGAGUUUCUAAGCUCAGUUGUAUAUUCUUAUAAUUGCCUGGAGUGAACUGAAGAUACAGUACAAUUUUCUUCGACUUGUUCAUUAACUCUCACAGUGGUGCACAGGAACAGCAUCCUGCUCCCAGAAACCUUGUCCAUAGCUCAGUGUCUCCUAUGCUCCUGAUUACAAAGAAAACGAAGGUAACAUAUCUAGGCAGCAGCAGUGAUGAAACUGACAUUUCAGGUCCGGGGACAAAUAAACCUAAUGAAAGAUCAUCAGUUUAAAACAACAGCUCUCGUUUCUCUCUCCACGUAGCUUCCCAACCUGCUGAGUAAUUCUAAUAUUUUUUUUAAAUUUUGGAUUUCUGGUGUUAGACAGUUUUUAUUUAUUCUAGCAUUUCUCCUCUUGCUCUUCCUGCGUUACUUUGUGUGGUUGUGCUCUUUGACCUGCUGACUAUUUACUCCUGCUCCUCUUAACUCAACUGGUUCACAAGAGGAAAGUCCAAAAAUGAAACUUUGUAAGAUUAAAUCUGAAUCUGAUAUUUAGCUAAGCACUGGAUGCUGGUGCCAGUCUAAACAUGAUGCUUAUGGAACUAAAACCCUCAGCUAUGACCCAUGGUAAGUAAUGAAAUGGUCCUCCUUUGUUUUGGAGUAUAACUCCUCAAGGCCCUAAUUGUCAUGAGUUUUUUUUCCCCAUGUCAUGAAAUGACAGAUGUCACUUUCGUAACAAGAGUGUCUUUGGGUUUUGUUCCCCAUCACCUCCACCAGCUGUUACCACCUCCCUUCAGCAACUGUUCAGUGUAAAGGCGUGACUGUAGAGCACAGUUUCCCUGUGCUCUCAUGACCUGACUGCAAAGAAGACCAAGACCAUUCACUGGGCAGCCAUGCAGUCAGGUCCGUCCAUGGUCACAUCAGCCUGUUAACGAGAUACAUUCGGUAGUUUGACCAAACCUGCUGUAGGGAGGAGUCUUGUCUGCCAACAGCACAGGCACUAUAAGUACAUUAUCCAUGGUAGCGUUCCAUAUUUCCAAUUUGUACUACCAGUUACUGAGUCUUCUCUUUGCCUGGGUGAGCUUUGUAAACCCCUAUUAUCAUUUGGUAAACUUCUAGUGAUGCAGAGAGACAUGCGGUAGUCAAAUACAGCAUUUUCUGGGAAUAAUAAACUUUAACCUGGUCAUAGUUCUGAAUUUUGGUGCAAAAUUAUAACUCUGAAAUGGUUAAUAUGAUGAACUGACAAAAUAUUUUAAAAAAUAAGUACACAUUUGCAUGUAUGUAGAGUUGACAGUAUUUUAAAAUAAACUUUAGUUUUGUCAGUUUUGAGAUGUUUGUUAUGGUGUAGUUGGAGUAAAAGUGUUUUAUUUUGCUUAUAAUUUCAUAGGCCUUUGUUAAUUAAUGAAGGUAGUUCACAAAAUCACUGUGUGUGAAGUCAUAAAUGAACGCCUGAUAGCUGUACCAGUGGCAUCAUCUGAUAAAAGCACCAGAAUCAGGAGAAAUUGCAGAUAAACAUAUUUCGUGUUAACAUUUACUUAACUAGUUGUAACCAGAAUGGAGAGCACUCUCUAUUAACCUUCUGUUUUUCUUA